AUGCGAACAAAAAAAAAUUUACGCCUGCCUCCUCCACUGUUGACCUCUGUGAAUCAGGUGUCAGAGGGAGUCCAGGUGACGCUGCAGUGUUCAGUCCCAGUGCCCUGCUCCAUCCUGCCCCCCACCUUAACCUGGCUCCCUAGAGACAACUCCAGGCAGGAGCAGACACUAAUGCAACAGAAUGUGGAUGGACAGAUGAUCAUGACGUCUACACUGACCUUCACAGCCUCAGCCAACCAUCACAACCAGAGCAUCGCCUGCUCUGUCUCCUACCCGCUGACAAAAGGGGGCAGCACUCAGCCGUCUGCAACGACUCAGAGACUUGACGUCCUGUACGCUCCUAGAUUCACUGUGGCUACACUCAGCACGUCUGGUCCUGUUUCUGAGGGCCGCACUGUGGUGUUUACAUGUUCGAGUGAUGCCAACCCCCCUGUGAGCCUCUACACCUGGUACAGAGCAGACACUGGAAAGUUCAAGAAGAAGGGUGAAGGAGAAAUACUGGUCCUUCAGGUCAGUCAGAAGGACAGCAGGGUGUAUCUGUGCGAAGCUCAAAGCCAGAGGGGCUCUGAGAGGUCUAGACCUGUGUCUUUGGAGAUCAACACCACCGCAGUCAGCAGUGAGAGUUUUGCGGUAGUUCCCUACAGUAUAUGUGGAGUGGUUUUGGUACUCUACAUCCUGACUGUCGUUGUGAACAUGUACAAGUUUCAAAGUCUUUCCAGGAGGCUGAAGCAGAUUGAGCUGAAGGGGGAACACAUCUACACUGAUCUAAAGGCCUGCAGUGUCGCCUCUGACUAUGACCACCUUCAGCCUCGACAGCCUAAAAUGAUGCUCUCUCCUGAUGUUCCCAGUUCUGAAAACCUGCAAGAAUUACCCUGCAAGCCGAUUUCAAAAACCAACAGCAACCAAAGUAGACGUAAAGACAGGGUUCGAAAUAUGGGGGAGCUACGAGGAGCUCAGCUUCCCUGAAAGACACAUGAGCUCUCCUGGAAGUCCUCAGGUUAAACAUUCUCUGAAUGAACUGAAAUGUAUAUUUUUUGGGGUGGUGAUGGGACAGUGGAUAAGACACAUGCCUUUGGUGCGAUAGA